AAAGGAAAGGGUUUGAAUGGGAAAGGGUUAAUAUCAGAAGCUGAUAAACCACUGCCCAGCUCUAAAGCAGUAUAUCUCCUCCCCCACCCCCUACUUACAACAGCUUGCCACAAUGUCUCUCCACAGAUUCCUUUAUUUUAAUCACAGCACAGACAGAACCAAAGAAAGAGGAGUGUGAGCAAACAUGACUUUCUUGCCUGCUGCUGUAUUUAGAUGACAACAAGCAGAUAACCAUACCCAGCCCCAGACUACCCACACAGCCCAGAUUUCAUCUUCCCCCUCUCUCUAAGAGCAGUAGCUGCAGAAAUCCAGCCCAUUUUCCCGGCCCAUGUGAGUCAGCACAGCCAAUGGGAGUCUUAGAAAUACGAAGAAGCAUUAUAGUAUAGUUGGGGCAUUAUGAAUGCAAUUUGGGCUAUAGUAAUCCUCUAUUCUGAGCCCCUAUUAAGUGCAGCACAGCAGGCCCCCCUUUAGAUCCAAAACUUACCGGGCCCAGGACAACUAUCCGCCCGUUGAUGGCGGGGAUAUCAUUGUAGCAUCCUCUCUUCCUAGCAACCCCCACAGCUCCUUUUGGUACCGUCUGCCUGUGGUACCUGGAGAUGCUGGGCUGCCAUUGGCACUUGCUGUCAGUCAAUGGACAGUCGAGCGCAAAUCUCGAGUAGCCAGAGCAAGACAGAUGGGUUUUGCAGUAUAAUACAGACUGUGCCACUCUUGCAUUACUCAGUGACUCACUGCAGCCCUGAGUCUGUCCGUGUGCGCCGAGUACCGCUGUGCUGAUAUCUCUUCCUUUUGUGGGAUUAUCGUGUGUUUAGGGGCUGCCAUGCCAGAUGCUGGUUUAGUCAUGUUAUCCCCUCAAGAAGCAGCCAAGAUUUACCAUGCUAAUUACAUUCGGAACUCUCGGGCAAUUGGGGUGCUGUGGGCAAUAUUUACCAUUUGCUUCGCCAUUCUCAACAUCGUGUGUUUCACCCAGCCGUACUGGAUCGGGGAUGGAGUGGACACCCCACAGGUCGGCUACUUUGGCCUCUUCCAUUUUUGCAUCGGCAGUGGCUUUUCAAAGGAGCUCACUUGUACAGGAAGCUUUACCGAAUUCUCCUCCAUCCCUUCGGGAGCCUUCAAAGCCGCAUCUUUCUUCAUUGGCCUGUCCAUGACCCUCAUCAUUGGUUGCAUCGUGUCCUUCGGGCUCUUCUUCUUCUGUAACACAGCGACGGUGUAUAAGAUCUGCGCCUGGAUGCAGCUCUGCUCUGCUGCUUGCCUUGUACUUGGUUGUAUGAUUUUUCCAGAUGGCUGGGAUGCAGACGAGGUAAAGCGAAUGUGUGGAGAAAAGACUGAUAAAUACUCUCUUGGAGCAUGUUCGGUGCGUUGGGCAUAUAUUCUAGCAAUCAUUGGAAUCCUGGAUGCCCUCAUACUUUCGUUUCUGGCUUUUGUGCUUGGUAAUAGGCUGGACAGUUUAAUGGCAGAGCAAUUGAAAUUGGAAAGUAAAGAUGAUGGAAAUGCCUAAUAUUAAUAAGUUUUAUUAAGCUAAUAUCUACAUAAAGAAGCACAAAUGAGACAAAGUAAUAGCUUUUAUACAUCAUUCUCCCGUGUUAAGAAGACUUCACUCACUGUAUGUGGACAAUACAGAGCCGGGUAACAUUUCAGAAGCAUUCAAAAGGAAAAUUACUUCAGAAGAUGUGAAAAUGCAUUACUGCACUCAUCUUAAUUAUAUUUCAUCUCAAGAGAACUAUUUUCUAUUCAAUCUUAUUGUUAUAUUUAUGCGUUUCUCAUCCUAGAAGUUCUCUAAGAAGUUAUAUUUGAUGUCUAGCAAAUAGAUUGUAUAUUACAUAUUUUAUUAGCGACAUCACCAAAUUGUAAAUAAGCUUUGCACUCAAGACAUUGAGAUUGUUAUUAACAUGGUCAUAUUUAACUUGAAUAUGCCAUUGUUUCCAAAAUGUCGGUCAUGGAGGCUGCAUACUUCCAAGAAACUGAAAAAUAUAGAUUAUACAGGGACCUGGAUUGUGCAAUUCACAUAAAGAGUGCAUAUUUGUCGUAAAAACGACUGCACUCCUUCAUCAGUUUACUACAUUGCCUGGAGGGUAUUGAAUUUGGAUGAAGGUUUGAAGAGUUCAGAUCGCCAUCACUGGGAAAUAUAAAUUGAUUCUCACUUUUACUAGAGAAAAUACAAUUGCAGAACCUGCAUCCCUGAACUGCUUUUCAUAUACUCCUAAACUGGUCUCUGGGUCUUUUCCUCAUUGUGUCUGUUGCAUAGGAAUUGUUCAACUUCUGAUUCAGUAAAAGUUUUUUGUUAGUAAAUUAUUACUGUGAUAGAAGACAAAGGAACAGAACAAAUUAUGACUAUGAAAUACUACAAUGUUGUGUGUAAUUGUAAUGAUGUUAAAAAAAAGGCAUCUCUAGGACCGUAUUAAACCCUUGGUAAACUGUUGUAGCACAGAAUGGAUCUGAAGUAAGUGCUCCAUGUUAUUCAUUUAUAUCACCUCACACCUCAAAAGAAACUGUUGAACCUUAAUUAGAAAACUUCUUAAAAAUAUAUGUAUAUAUAUAUAUAUAUAUAUAUGUGCUAAAUAUUGUGGGGAUCCUACAUUUAUGGUAGUAAAAUAUUUUAGUACUAUUACGUGUGUUACUAUGUUAAAAAACAGUAUUAAUGAGAAAGCAUCAUAAAAAUCACCACACAUCCACUUAUAUAGUGUCAUGCUGUUAUAAUUUCAUUCAUGUCCAUAAAUACACAAAUAUAAAUGUCUAAGCAGAAAAUCCAACCCGGUUUUCCAGUGUAUACUUUAUGAAUGCCUUAAAAGUGCCAUUUUAAUUUCA